CAAACAACGCGGCAAAAGUUCUACUUUACAGCAUUCUGUACAAAAAAAAGGCUUAUAAAAUGGAGACGGACUGGCGAGAAAUAUUAAAGUUGUCACAAAAUGAAUUGAAGCAAGCAGAAAAAGAAAAGCUCUGUGAUAGUUUGUCCUGGAUGGAAGCCGACGAUAUUGAACUAAACUUUGCAGAUCUUAAGACUUUGUUUAGGCUGGCUCAGGACAUAAUAAAAUAUAAAACUGAGCAGGUUAACGGAGUUUUAGGGAAGUUAGAGAAAACAAAAAGAAAAAUAAAAACUAAAGAAAGAAGUACACUUACAGAUUCCCCUGCUGCUAGUUCUGAUAGUGUAUUCGAAACAAUCACGCAUCAAGAAGAAGUCAUAAAAGCAAAUAAAGAUAUUUUGGAACAGCUUUAUGCAGAUAUUGCAGAACUGGAAAAACGUAAAGUUCAACACGAUGGAGAAACAAAUACAAACCAGGAAAGCGAAUCUAGUCGUGGAACACUUUCUGAACUAAACGCAGUUGCACAGUUAGAAAAUGAAGUAUCAAAGCGUAAUAGACAUAUAAGAAAAUUACUUGGGGAUGUUAAAAAUCUCGAGGAAGAAAAAAAUAUGUUCAAAGAAAAAUUAUCUAUUUUUAAAGACAAGUUAAAAGAAGCCACACUUCUUAUUGAAAAUUUGACCGAACAAUUAUUCACCUUUAAUAGUGAACAAACAAAUUUAAAAGAACUUCUUGCAAGAAUGGAAGAAGAAAAAGCAAAUUUAGUAAUUGAAACAGAAGAACUCAGAAACGAAGUAAAAAAGAAGAAUUUAAUAACUGAAAAAGCAGAGGAAGAUUUAAAAUAUAAGCAUCAGCACCUUAAAGAUUUAUUGAAACGCCAUAAAAUUAAAAUUGAUGAGUUAUCAACUGAAAACUCUCAAUUGAAAGAAGAAAUAACGCAAAGACCGAAAUUUGUAGAAUCUCAUAAAAAAACAAAAUUUGAGGAUUCAAAAGUAAAAGAACUACAAGACAAAUUGAUUGAAGCCUCUGAAGAAAUGAUCAAAUCUGCAAAUUUAAUUCAAAUCCUAAGAGAGGAAAACAAUCGUUUAAAAGUCGUUAUUGAAGAUAUACCAGACAAAUCAGUAUCUGAUCACAAAAAUGAAAGUGAUGAUGGUAAAGAAAGAAAUAUGAUAAACAAACUUAAAAGGAAAGUGAAAAGUUUAAAUGUAGCUCUUCAAGGUACGGAAGAACUGGUUUCUUUAAAAGAAAAAGAGCUUACAGAAAUCACCGCACAAUUAAAACUUCUACGUUCAGAAGAAGGUGUUAAUGCACUGAUAGAAGGCAUAAAAAAUAAAAAAAGACAUCUUAAAAUCAAAGAUGAAGGUAUUAAAUCCUUAAUACAAGAGGUAAAUUUAUUAAACAGCCUUGUCAGUGAACUUCAACUUGAAAAUGCAGUGAUGAGAAAAAAUCUUAACAUUCCUGAUAACGAAAAAUUGAAUACAUACGGGAUUUUAAAAAAGUAUAAGGAUUUGGAAAUAGCAAAUGCUGAACUUACAAAACAUUUGCAAGAAAAUGAAGACAAGUUAAUUUCUCUAGAAAUUGACAAUUAUAAUAAAAAAUCAGUACUUCAGCAAUUAAAAUCUGCAGUAAAAUCCACAGAUUUAAGAGCUUCUAAUGAAACAAACGAUGAAUAUAUAACAUCUGAUACACUUAAAACUAUUAUGGAAGAAAAUGAAGGUCUUCGAAAUGGGCUGACAGAGAUUUUAACAUAUAUUAAAGAUAAUAGUAAAACAACUUCUGGGAUACUUUCUAUGGAAUGUCCUAGUUUAGAAGCAAUUUUAAAUUCAAUGGAAGCACGAAAAUUGGCUGGUUGGUUUUCACCACAUAUGAAAACAGUCAUGGAAUUGAAAGCAGCAAUAGGUAGCAAAGAUGCGUUAAUGAGUGCCCUACAUGAUUCAAGGAAAGAAACAUUUAAAGUAAUGAAAAAACUCACAGAGGAAGAACAAAAAACAUCUGAUUUAGAAAAGGUAAUACUUGAUAUUAAAGAAAAAACUGUAACAAAAACUGAGACGGAAGAUAAAAUAUCCAGUAUUGCAGAUACUAUUGGAGAAUUUGGGUCAUGGAUGACCAAUGCCGAAUAUGAAAAACUUGACUUUGCUGAUGGCAAUCAGAUACAAAAAGUCUUAACUAAGGGAAAUAUUCUGUUUGAAAAUCAAUUCGUGCAUGCUUUACAAUAUUUUCAAAAUAAAUUUACCAUGCUUUUUGAUAAACUUACUUCGUUAACAAUAACUGCUGAAGAUGAUUUUAACAAAUGGCUUGUUAAGGAAGAACAAUAUAAAGCGGAAAUAGAAAACUUAAAAUAUCAAAUAGAUGAACAUGAGGAUGAUACUAGCAAUAGAUCUCCUGGAUUACUCACAACGUCUAAAUUAAAUUAUAUGGAUAGAAAGUAUAAUUUUCUUGAAGAGUCAUUUAAACAAAUAAGAACAUUAAAUGAAAAUUUAAGAAAUGAAUACUUGGAAAGUAAAAAGGAAAGAAUGUCAGAAUCAUUUGAAUACGAGAAAAAAGUGCAACAUUUGAUCAUAUCUGUUCUUAAUCUAAGUGAUAAGUUAAGAAAUUCCAUACCAAUUGAAUUAUUCCUAGAACAAAAUGAGGUUUUAAAUCAAUAUAUCAUAAAAUAUAGAAACAUUAUCGAAGUUAAUAAUACAAAGCACAUUCGGACUCUGGAUAUAAUUAAGAGACUCGAUGAUGAUAAACUUGAUAUAAUGAAUCGAUUUCAUAAAAUUAUUCAAGAUUCCACAAUUAUCAAGUUUGAACAAACAAGUAAUAUAUUGUCAAGUGUAGAACAGUUAGUGUUACAGAAACAACUAGAACAAUUAAGUCUGGAAUUAAAUAAAAAAAAUGAGGAGACUGAGUUAUUAGAAAAAAAAAUAUUGGAUUUAGAAAUUUCACAAUCACUACUAAUUGAUAAGGUUAUGCGUAUAGAGGACAGUGAAGAAAUAAAUAUAAUAAAAGACCAAAUUAAGUCUUUACAAGAAGAAAAUAAGAUCCUUAAAGAUCAACAAAAGGACACAAAAAAUAAAAAUGAUGUUUUACAUUUACAGCUCAAAGCGGAUGAAAAUCAAAAAAUAAACUAUGAUACAGAAAUUAAUAUGUUGAGACAUCAAAUUCUUGACCUUCAGUCACUGGGAGACAACAAAGCAAUAAUUUCUAGACUUAGUGGUGAGGUCUUACUAGCGCAAGUACAAGCAUCUGAAAGCUAUGAGAAAAUUGAAUCACUGAAAUUACGUUUAUGUAGAGAAAAACAGAUCCGGGCUGAGGCGGAAGAAAUGUUGAAUAAACGACAGAAAGUCUUCGACAUAUACUCUAAGAGAUGCAUCAAACAGUUCAGGUCUAUGAAUGAUAUUGUCGAAGUUCUACGAAACCAAUACACUGGUUGUUUACCUCUUAUUUCUGCAGAAAGUUAUUUCUAUAGGCUGGAAGAAAUGCAACUUAAAUCACAAGAAACUAAUGAAAAACUUAGUAACUUAGAACAGUUACAGUCAAAUUUAAUGACUAAGCAUAGUAUUUACAGUCAAAUAUUAGAUCUAUCAAAUACAAAAUGCUUUGAAGAUGAAGACAGCUGUCCUCAUAAAUUGCAAAAUAUAGUUAUGGAAAAGACUCAAAAACUUGAUUUGGAAAAUCAUAAUAACAAGAUAGCGUUGUUCGAACAAUCACACAAAAAGCUUUUGGACCGCUGUAAUUCCCUUGAAAGAACGUUAGUAUUGGUUAAUAAAGGAUUUAAAAUUUCGAAUACUAAAUAUGAAAAAUCAUUCGGUCGAAAAGAAAAUGGAAGAAUAGAAGUCCAAGAUAUUCAAAGUAGUGAAGAAAUAAAUAGUAAAGGAAGUCUUACAUACACGUUACCGAAUCUUAAGCAACACGAUCUCCAUUUAGAAGAUGGAAUAACGAGAUGUGAUCAUUUCGAUAACAAGAUUGUUAAUAAAACCUUUUUGCAAUUUAAGAAGUUAGAACACCGAGAAACUCAAACUCAUUCAUACAAGCUCACGGAUGUAAAAUUAAUUCAAACCGAUAAGGAUGAGAAAACAGUAGAGUUAACCUCCCAAAUAGACCAACUUUUGAGUGAAAACAGACAAAAGGAGAAACUGCUAAAGGAGUUCAAUAUAUUAUUUCACCGUCAAUCACAGGAUUUACUUUUAGUGAAUACUGAAAAAAAUGAAUUGAACAAUAAAUUACAAAGUCUAUUUCAAACCAUCGAUGAAAAAGACACAAAAAUUAAUAAAUUAGAAAUUGUUGUUGAUUCUUCGAAAAAGGAAAUCUAUGACAUUAAAUUAAAAGAACAAAAAAGAGCUAAUGAGACAGAAAACGCAGAAAAUCAAGCUUUAGUUGUAAAUCUCAAAAAAAUAGAAAGUGACAAAAAUGCUGUAAUAAUGGAAUAUAAAGAACUUUUAAGAAAAGAAAGGCAGGAGUAUUUAAAAUCGAUAAAAAUAUUACAAUCAAAAUUAUUAGAAUCGCAGACUGGGGUCGAUGAGAGGCAGUUUAAAGCGACUUCCUCGAACAAUGACGUCGCCAAAGAUACCACCAAUAAAAAUACAAUAAAAAUUAAUGAAUUGGAGGAUAAAUGUUUUAAACUUCAAAGUGAAAUAGCGGGAUACAAAACGGAUUUAAAAAAUCAACUAAGUGAGUUAGAACGUUGGAAAGAAUUAGCAGUGGAAAGAUUAACAAAAAUGGAGCAGCUCAGUGCACAAUUAAAAGAGAGACACAAUCAUGAAAUGGAAUCAUACAAAGCUGAGAAUCAGCACUGGCUGUCGCAACUUAAUGAGACACAACGUGAGCAUAUCGAGCUACGCAGCCGACUAACAGAGCAAAAAGCUUUCCAUGUAAAGCAAUUGGCAGAAAAAGAUGCGCAUAUUGAACAUCUACGAUCUGUUAUAAAUAAUCUAAAGACCCAAGUACUCAACAUGCAGACAAUGCUUACAGUAAAUGACCCUAGUUUUGAUUUAUCUGCCAUUGUCGAAGUUGAUGAAUUGAGCGACGUGGUAUCUCAACAAGGAUCUGACAGACUGGAACUGAAAUUUGAAUCUACGGUUGACUUAAACGAAAUUCAUGAAGAUUUCGUAAGAAUCCCGAACACAUCUACAGCUAUUUGGCAGGAGCCAUUGAUAGAGCGUUUACGAAGAGAGAAGCAGUUAGUGGGAAAACAGAAUGCUAUACUAAGAAGACAGAUAAAAGUGCUCGCCGCCAGGGAGCGCAGGUCGCGCCUGGACGCACAAAAUCUCAAAAACCAAGUGUUCCGCAUCAGCACCACCGGCAACAAAGUUCCUUCGGCUGAGUCAGCAGCAUUCCAAAAUAAGAUAGCGUCUUUACAAGCCCAGCUCACAAGCGCCCGACGUGAUGCUCACUCUUCUGUAGCCCUCUGGGAUAAAUGGAAGAGAGCUCAACAAACGGCAGAGCGGUGGCAAGCAAAAUUCGAAGAAAAAACUCAAGAAAUGAAAAAAAUUGAAAUUAGUUUGAAUUUAUCGAAAUCAGCUGUUGCAAGACUAGAAAAAGAGAAACGCGCUCUCCUCAUCAGAUUAGGUGAUAUGAAACAUGAAAGGUCGCUGUCAAUAGAAAAACAGGAUGCUGAAACUUCCGAGAAAGCAAUGUCUAGAAACGAAGACUACAUUGAUCCUCCUCCUGUAUCGACACGCGCUCUGCUUGAUAGAGUUGAAGCACAACAACGUCGGAUUGCUGCACUUGAACUUGCAGAAAAGGGAAAUGAAACCUUAGUAGCAGAGUAUGAAAAGUGCUUAGCAGAGAUUACGUCGCUAAAGGGCCAAGUACUGAAAUUGGAGUCUACGCUGCUCGAAGCUCAAAUUAGAUCACCUUUGCAAUCCACAAGUGACCCAAAACCAGAACUGGACUAUUGGAAGAAUUAUUGCGACAUGUUGAAAGAAGAGAAUAUGCAGUUGACGCUGCGAGUGAACUGCUUAGAGAACGUGCCCACCUCGGCCAGUCACCAACGAGUCAGCGAUUUAGAACAGACCGUGUUGACACUGAGAGGGCUUGUCAGCAAACUUCAAUCGGACCAAAAAUCAUCAGUGGGUGUACAUAGACGUGUCGAUUCCCGUCCCGGUAGCGGUCGUAGCAGCUCGGAAAAGAUGCGGACUCAUGUGGAAUCAUAUCGUAUUGAGAUAUCGAACCUCAAAAAGAGCAUUCUUGAGAAAGAUGCCCUUUUGGAGAAUUCCAAAGAAAUGCUCAGAAUUGCCGCAGAAAGAGAGGACGACUUAUUGAGAGAGAACUCACUGCUGCAGAGGCGAUUGGAGCAAAUAGAUAUUAAAAGAGGCGUAAUGUCUAUAUAACAGUAAGCAAUAAUAAAAAAAGGUUUAGAUCUGGUUUUAAGAUAAAGUGCAAAUCUAAAAUCCACAUGCCAUUAUUCAAAUUGCUGUUUCUCUAUUAAUUACUAAUUUUCUAGUUAUAGUCCGUUUACAUAACAAUGAAACCGUAACUAACCGUAGUUCCGUACGGUUUGAUUCAGCCCAUUUCUUUAACAAAAUCAUACUACUACUUAAAGCCCGUAGAGCCGCUAAAUUGCAGCCUUAAUGUGACGGUAAUACCUACUGCAGCGCUAAUAAAAAAGGAGACAUUUUGGCAUUCUCAAAUUA